AUGAUGCCCCACGGUCAGCAGAGCCAAGACAUCAAGCUACAGGGAAGUCAUCUUGCCCAAAAUAGUGCAGGAGACCUCACGGGUGUGGAGGUUCUUAAGGGUGAGGGGGAAGCAGCAGCCUCUGCUUCCUCUGAAUCCUCUCCCUCCUGUAAUGUAAUCAUAUCCACACCAAUAGAAAAGCCUGGGCCAGAAAUACCAAGUUGUCCUCAGAAUCCUCAGGGUAUCCCCUCUCUCCCCAGUGCCAUGGCUUCCACUCAAAGGAGCCAAUGCAGUGAGGGCUCCGGCAGGCAAGAAGAGGAGGGUUCAACGACCUCACAGGACAUGAAUGUCCCUCAGAUCUUGCGCAGUGUACUCCUGAAUGACAAGUUACAUAAGCUGGUGAGCUUACUGUUCCAGAAAUAUCAAAAGAAGGAGCAGAUCACCAUGGAGGAAAUGCUGCAUGUUGUGGAUAAUGAUUACCAUGAGCGCUUCCCUCUGAUCUUCAGGGAACUCUGUGAGUGCAUGUGCCUGGGCUUAGGCAUUGAGAUGAGGGCAGUGGAUCCCUCUGGCCAAACAUAUGAGCUUCUCCCUGUCCUGGGCCUCACUUACAAUGGCAUACUGGAUGAAGAUGACCAGAUCAUUGCCAAAGUUGACCUCUUGAUACUCAUCCUGAGUGUAAUCUUCAUAAAGGGCAACCGAGUCAGUGAAGACGACCUAAGGAAACAAGUGAUAAAAUGGGAGAUAUUAGCUCAGAUGGAGCACAUUGUUUUUGGGGAUCCCUGGAAGUUCAUCACAGAGGAUUUGGUACGGGAAGAGUACCUGGGGUAUCAGCAGGUUCCUAAUAGUGAUCCUGCUCUCCAUGAGUUCCUGUGGGGUCCAAGGACCCAUGAUGAAACCAGCAAGAUGAAAAUCCUAGAGCAUGUGGCCAAGCUUAAUAGGGUGGAUCCAAGGUCUUACCCGCAUCUAUAUGCAGAGGCUCUGAAAGAAGAAAAUAGUAUGUUCAGGGCCCCUGAGGUGCAAGAUGUGUGA